GUCACUUUGGGCGAGUGGUUGCGGAAUACUCCAACAAGCGGUUCGCACUUGACGAUGGUCUUAGCUCACCAAGACGCGUGGCGGAAGCACCCGUUCCUCUCCAACUGCACCAAGAAGCCGCUUCCGGGCUUUGUCAUUGCCGUCGGUAUCUUCAGCGCCUACCUCGCCAUCGGCGCGGUCACGGGCAGCGGCAACAGCCACGCUGGCCACCACGCGUCGGUCACGUACGUCAAGGAAGAGAUCGGCGAGCGCCCCAAGCUCGACGAGUAAGCCAUUUGGUAGACGCCGCCUGCUCGCGUGAUUCUUGUAAGAUGUAACACGAUGGCCUCUCGACUCGCCGGUGCGUACUCGAAAGGUAGCCA